CUCUUAAAGGCGCAAAUGAAUACACCGUUCAACCUAGCUCUGGUGAAUGAUUCCGAAGCUUUAUUAAAUGGGCUGCAAGUUAACCCGAUAGCCAACACAACACUCGUUUUACGUGUCCGUCCCCCACACCCCCCGAGCGCCGCACUCUGCCUUCUUUAGCCAUGGAAUCCGCACCUCCGGAUCCGCAGUCUCCCCCCAACCAGACCCCCCCCGCACACGGCCGGUACCCCGCCAUCCCCGGUCAGCACAAGGGACACUUCGACACCGAGAAGGACAACCAAAUGAGGAUCAGUGAAAGCGCUCAGUUCAGUGAUAUGGUGGAGAACAGAGGUUUAUUGGAGAGCAGCCAGAGGCUGAAACCACACGAAGCCCAGAGCUACCGCAAGAAGGCAUUAUGGGUGUCCUGGGUCUCCAUAGUUGUCACCUUAUCCCUGGCUGUGGCUGCCUUCACCGUUUCCAUCAUGCGACAUAGUGCAUCAGCAUUUGGCUUUGCUUUUGAUGCUACAUUGGAUGUAUUGUCUUCGGUGAUAGUGCUUUGGCGUUACAACAAUGCAGCGGCUGUACACUCAGCACACCGGGAAUACAUAGCCUGUGCCAUCUUGGGUGUGAUAUUUCUCAUAUCAACCUUCUGUAUUCUGGCUAAAGCCAUCCAUGACCUUGCUGCCAAGCUGCUUCCAGAAGUGGAUGACUUUCUUUUCAGUGUCUCCAUUAUUAGUGGAAUACUCUGCAGUAUUUUGGCCGUGGUUAAGUUUUUGCUUGGGAGAGUCCUAACCAGUAAAGCCUUGAUAACUGAUGGUUUUAACUCCCUUGUUGGAGGUAUCAUGGGUUUUUCCAUAUUGAUCAGUGCAGAAGUCUUCAAACACCACGCUACUAUCUGGUAUUUGGAUGGAUCUAUAGGGAUUCUCAUUGGAUUUAUCAUUCUUGCGUAUGGAGUGAAGCUUUUGGUGGAUACGAUUCCUCGUGUAAGACAAACUCACAACUAUGAGACCUUUGAAUGAUGAAAAGGUGCGGUGAUGGCACAAUCUUCUUGUAGAACUAAAAAAAACUUAGAAUAAAUCUAUCAAUCUAAUCUAGGCAAUAGUAGUGACUGUUUGAAAAAUUGCUGCUACGGAACGAUUUCUCAAUUGUAGCCCAACAGAACAUAACCAUGAACUAAUCAGAUAUUGAUGUUAUAUACACUGGACAUCAUUCUGUUGUAUGCGGAAGAAAUUGAUAAUCUUUUGUAUUUAUGUUAAAAACUAUACAGGGUAAUGUAGUAAAGUGCGUAUACCAGUGUUUCCUACUGUGCUGUGCAAAUGAGAACUGAUGUGGUCAAGUGAAAUAUAAUGGUUCAAUUUGU